CCCACAACUUCCUGUUUUCGUUUCCUCGUGACAAUGGCCAACAACUUCCGUUAAACUCGAAGAUGGCGGCUGUGGUGUGACCGUUUGAGAAAGGAGUGGACCUUAGAUUCCAAUAACCACUCAAAUAUUCGUAUCUACCUGGGUUCUCCCAUCCUGCUAGGAACCUCUCCGUCAUGUCAGCUGUUGUAGCAUUAAAAGAUGUCUCCUCUCCGGCUGUGGUGCUUGUCCGCGGCCUCGGCGAUGGCAUGGAGAUGGACAAGCCCCCGGCUGUUGUUGAGAGCAUCACAGAGGCUCCGCUGAAGACCCCCACGCCCCGGCACAGCCCCAGACUGCCCCCGGGGGUGCUCCACCUGGGCAAGGUGAGCCGAGAGGCGUGCACGGAGCUGGACGCGGUGCGCAUCGUGGUGCCCCGCGCCGCCAUCUCGCACCAUGUGCCCAGCAGGACCGCCCGCGUGACCGGCGGGGAGGGGAAGAGCGAGGGCCCACCGCACCCAGAGGAGCCCCCCGCGGAACCCCGAAAAGAGGCCCAGGACCUGCAGAGCGCCCUGGACAAGCUGCAGAACUCAGAGCGCAGGCUGCUGCAGGACAAGGAAGGGCUGUCCAACCAGCUCCGAGUCCAGACUGAGGUGAACCGGGAGCUGAAAAAGCUGCUGGUGGCAUCAGUGGGGGAUGACCUGCAGUAUCAUUUUGAGCGUCUGGCUCGGGAGAAAAAUCAACUGAUACUGGAGAAUGAGACCCUGAGCCUCAACCUGGCCCACACCACAGAGCAGCUGGAGCGCAUGAGCAUUCAGUGUGAUGUCUGGAGGAGCAAGUUCCUUGCCAGCAGAGUGAUGGCAGAGGAGCUGACCAAUUCGAGGGUAGCUCUGCAGCGCCAGACCCGGGAAGCCCAGAGUGCCAUCCAGGACCUGCUGAGAGAGCGGGAGGAGUUCUCCAGGGAUAUGCUGCAAACACACAGGUCUCUGGAGCAGCUCCUGGUUUCACUGCAGUGGGGCAGACAGCAGAGCUACUAUCCCAGUGCCCAGCCGCUCAGUACGGGUGAGCUGGCUGCAGCCAAUCACAAGCUUGCAGAAGCAGUGAACUCGCAUCUGCUGGGAAAUGUAGGCAGCGGCGGCAGCAGCAGCAGCAGCCUGAAGAGUGAGCAGGCCUCUGAGCUUUGCAACACUCCAGCUGAGAAGAUGGCGGAGAAGGUGCUCAGGAUUCUGGAUCCUAUAUCUUGCUCCGAUAGCAAGUUUGUGGGCCCCCUUCCGGAGUCCCCUCCCUCCGCCUUCCUGCCCAAUAAGAAGAGCAUUGGGCGGUUCCAUCCCUACACCCGCUACGAGAACAUCACCUUCAACUGCUGCGAGCGCUGCAGCGGAGAGAUCAUUGUGCUGUAGGCCCGGGGGCAGGGCCCUGGGGCAGGGCUCCUGUAGGCCUGGGGUCAGGGCUCCUCCAGCCCCACGCUGUGCUCCCUCCGGCACCCCCUGACCACUGCUCAGAAGGGGGAGCACAGUACGAGUUCAGGUUCCAGUGAUUUUGUGGGUCGUCAUGGUCCUCUGGAGAAGAGUGAAAUUGCACUGUGAAAUGCGCUGGUUUAAUCAUUUAUAUUGACGCAAGUACUGAGGAGAGGCAGCAGGCUCGCACAACCUCCCUCUAACCCGAGAGAUUAUUCACAGUGGAUCUUUAAGGUCCGUCUUUUACUUGACUAAUAAGAGACACCAACAGCUGUAGUCGGAGAUGUAACCCUGGCUUUCGGUCAGACUGGGGAACCCACCCGUCCCUAGUCAAAAUGGUACAGCUGUUAGAGUCUAACUGUCUGUUAGACGGUGGUUUUUCAAGAGGGUGGAUAUACCAUUUGCUAUAAUUGUGUAUUUCAGUGUUAAAAUGAUUAUUUAUUGAUCAGUGCAAUUUUGAAUUGCUGUAGUGUUACUGACAUGGGACUACAGUUAAUUAGUUAAUGCGAACACUAUUCUGUAGGAAAACCCGUUUGUACCAAAUGCACUGUUUGCAGCGUCGUGCUUUAUAAAGUAUUUUUAAAGGGGACUUGUGUCCCCAGUUUGUAUGAAAGAUACGGUCUUCUGCCACUAAGGGUUCUUGUUGUAUUUAGGCGACGCGUCUACCUGGGCUGGGUCAUAGGAGGACAGGGCUCUUGGGGCUUUGAGAUUGGAUUUCCCCCGCGUGUGUUAAAAUGUAAUGCUGCAGUGGAAUUCUAUACGGAAAGAACUGAGCUUUUUGCUGUAAGUGUAUAAGCCUUCUGGCUCUUUGAUAAUAAAAAAAAUGAAUGGAAUUACAAA